AUGCCGUCGAUGGUCAGUGCAGCUUUAGGUGCAGAAGUUAAUCCUGAAGAAAUUACAUCAUUAGCUGGUAUGAUAGAUAUUGGAUUACCAAGGGUGACCGAUAAAUUAGAAGAAAUAAGCAAUUCGGCAACUAAAGAAUUUGCUCUGCAACGUGCGCUGACGAAGAUGAAAACCGAAUGGAGCGAGGUUUAUUUUGAAUGCAUCAUGUACAGAGAUACAAAUUGUUCGAUUUUAUCGAGUUUAGAAGAUAUUCAAACACAAUUGGAUGACCAUAUUUUAAAAGCUCAAGCCAUGAGAGGAUCACCGUAUAUAAAAGCUCUAGGUCGCCUGGCUUAUGACUGGGAAGAAAAAUUAGUUAAUAUGCAGGACAUAUUAGACGCUUGGUUAUUGUGCCAAGCCACAUGGAUGUAUCUAGAAUCUAUAUUCAGUUCGGAAGACAUCAUGAGACAAAUGCCAACGGAGGCCAGAAAUUUCAAACAGGUUGACAAGAGUUGGAGGGAUAUAAUGGCAGCCACCACUAAAAAUCCUCAUGUAUUAACUGCUACAGACUACCCAAAUCUUCUAGAAAUUUUAAGAAAUAAUAAUGUAAUGCUUGAUGGAAUACAGAAAGGUCUAAAUGAUUACCUCGAAAAGAAGAGAUUAUUUUUCCCAAGAUUUUUCUUUUUAUCCAAUGACGAAUUAUUGGAAAUAUUGUCGGAAACAAAAGAUCCCACACGUGUGCAGCCUCAUCUUAAGAAAUGCUUUGAAGGUAUCGAUAAACUAAAUUUCAAUGAAGAAAUGGAAGUUGAAGCAAUGGUUUCUGCUCAAGGAGAAAUUAUCAAAUUAAGUGGAAAAAUUAUUCCAGCAGAUGCUAAGGGAUUGGUAGAAAAAUGGCUUGCCCAAGUCGAAAUUCAAAUGAUAAAUUCCCUAAAGGACGUAAUGGAGGCUGCGGUAUUAGCAUACUCACCAGAAGAAAGAGCCGAAUGGGUUUUAAAGUGGCCUGGUCAGAUCGUACAAGCUGGCGAUUGCAUUAUAUGGUCAGCUGAGGCAAGUGAAGCUAUUGAAAAAAAUAGCUUGGUAGAAUACGUUGAGCUUUUAGGAACACAAAUAGCUGAAAUAGUUGUUUUAGUGCAAGGCACCUUAACUCGCAAUACUUUAGCCACUGUUGAAGCUUUAAUAGUAUUGGACGUGCACGCUCGAGAUGUGACUUGCCUUCUCCGUGACUUGCAUGUGCAGUUUGUUGGAGAUUUUCAAUUUUUGGCACAAUUCCGUUAUUAUUGGGAUAAAGAAACCAAAUUGGUUGAAACCAGAAUGGUAUCUACAACAGUGAUGUACGGUUUUGAAUAUUUAGGGAAUGUUGGCAGAUUGGUUGUAACACCUUUAACAGAUAGGUGUUUCAGGACUCUUAUGGGUGCUCUGAAAUUAAAUUUAGGAGGAGCUCCUGAGGGUCCGGCUGGUACUGGCAAAACAGAAACGUGCAAAGACUUGGCAAAAGCUGUUGCCAAAAAGUGCGUUGUGUUUAAUUGUUCGGAUGGGCUUGACUAUAAAGCCUUAGGAAAAUUCUUCAAAGGUUUAGCUCAAGCUGGAGCUUGGGCAUGUUUUGAUGAAUUCAACAGAAUUGAACUAGAAGUACUUUCUGUAGUAGCCCAACAAAUUUUAUGCAUUCAACGCGCAAUCACAGCUAAGCUGGAAAAAUUUGUUUUCGAAGGUACUGAAUUGUUCUUGGAUCCCACGUGUGCUGUGUUUAUCACUAUGAAUCCAGGUUAUGCGGGUCGUCAAGAACUACCAGAUAAUUUAAAAGUACUUUUCCGGACAGUGGCUAUGAUGGUGCCUGAUUAUGCAAUGAUUGGCGAAAUAACAUUAUACUCUAAUGGUUUUGUUCAAGCUCAUAGCUUAGCUCAAAAAAUCGUCGCAACCUAUAAACUUUGCUCCGAGCAACUUUCAUCUCAAAAUCACUAUGACUACGGAAUGAGAGCCGUGAAAUCAGUACUUCUAGCAUCUGGUGCUUUGAGACGUGCUUAUCCUCACAUACCAGAAGCCAAACUUGUGUUAAGAGCUAUUGUGGAUGUAAAUUUACCCAAAUUUUUGGCUCAGGAUAUAUCUUUGUUCGAAGGAAUUUAUUCAGAUUUGUUCCCUGGUGUUGAGCUACCUCAGCCUGAACGCGAAGAUUUGAUAAGAACAUUAGGUACUGUUUGCGAAGCUCGUAAUUUACAAAAUACAUUUUGGUAUGCAGAGAAAAUGUUACAGCUGUAUGAGAUGAUUUUGGUGCGUCAUGGUUUGAUGAUUGUGGGCGAUCCUUUAGGAGGAAAAACGUGUGCUUACCAAAAUUUAGCUUUGGCUUUGAAAGAAAUUCAAUUGCUUGAAGCAAAGAGUAAAAUGAAGGAAUUUCAAACAAUUUUUAGAAUAAUAAACCCAAAAGCAAUUACUAUGGGCCAACUGUAUGGUUGUUUUGACCCAGUGUCUCAUGAAUGGACAGAUGGAGUACUAGCAAAUACUUUUCGUGAAUUUGCUAACUCAACUUCUACAGAGAGAAAAUGGAUUUUAUUUGAUGGUCCUGUCGAUGCUGUGUGGAUUGAAAAUAUGAAUACGGUGUUAGAUGACAAUAAAAAAUUAUGUCUUAUGUCCGGAGAAAUUAUUCAAAUGAGCGGUAAAAUGAAUUUGAUCUUUGAGCCAGCUGAUCUCGAACAAGCUUCUCCAGCCACUGUUUCGAGAUGCGGCAUGAUUUUUAUGGAGCCUAAAAUGUUGGGAUGGGUUCCGUUAAAAGACUCAUUCAAUAAUAUUUUAGCGAAGAAAUUAAUACCAGAACAGUUCGAAAUUUCAGAUGAAAUCAUGAAUUGGCUAAUACCUGCCUGUCUUAGUUUUGUUGCAAAAUGUAAAACUUUUGUUCAAACUUCACCUAUGCAUCUAUUUGUUUCCUUCACGAGACUCUACAGUUGUUUAUUAGAAGAUGAAUCUCAAGUUGCCACAGUUUGGUUACAAUGUGCUAUACUUUUUAGUACAGUGUGGGGUAUUGGAAGUACAUUAACAGCUGAUAGCAGAGUCUUGUUCGAUGACUUCUUUCGACGUCUAUUAGCGAAUCAAAUUGAAAAAUAUCCUAGAUGUGAUUUGUUCAAAUUGGCAAAAAAUCAAUUAUUUCCAGAUCGGGAUAUAGUAUUUUCAUUCCAGUUGACUAAAUCAGGGCAAUGGGCACCUUGGCUAGAAGGAGCAUCGCCGGCUCUACCUCCAAAUGCAAGAGUGUCAGAACUCAUGGUAAUGACCAGCGAGUCUGUCUGCACACGGUAUUUCGUGAAUAUGAUGCUGGCCAGUAAAAUACCAAUGGUCAUUUGUGGUCCUACCGGUACUGGAAAAAGUGCGGUUGUUCAAGAUAUGCUGCUUAGUUUGCCAAAAGAAAAGUUUUUACCGAAUGUUAUUAAUUUCUCAGCACGGACUACAGCGCAAGCCACUCAAGAAUUAGUUAUGUCAAAAUUGGACAGGCGUCGCAGAGGUGUCUUCGGGCCCACAUUAGGAAAGCAAUGCGUAUUGUUCGUGGAUGACUUAGGAAUGCCAAUGCGUGAGAUAUAUGGCGCCCAACCACCCUUGGAAUUAUUGAGAACGUUGUUGGAUCAUGGUCAUUGGUCUGACCUUCAUGAUACUACAAGGAUUGACUUAGUUGAUAUCUUAUUUGUAUCCGCGAUGGGUGUACCUGGAGGUAGCAAUUAUGUUGAUGGUCGACUACUGAGACAUCUACAUAUAGUUACAGUGGAUUCCUUUGAAGAUGCGACAUUAAAUAGGAUUUUUGUUGCUAUUAUGGAUUGGCACUUUGCAAAAGGAUUUCUGGAAGCUGUGACUAGACUAUCGAAAUUUCUGGUUUCUGCUACUACUGAAGUUUAUCGUGCAGCAAUGGCAAAUUUUUUGCCAACUCCUGCUAAAUGCCACUAUACGUUUUCACUUAGAGAUUUUGCUAGAGUAGUUAAGGGAGUUUUAUUAGUACCUGCUUCAAGAAUGCAAGAUCCCGAUAAACUGAUUAGGCUAUGGGUGCAUGAAACUUACCGUGUAUUUUAUGACAGGUUAAUUGAUGAACCAGAUAGAGCUGCUAUGUUCAAAAUAGUGAAAAAUGCAACCUAUUCGUCAUUCAGACAACAUCUGGAUAAAGUAGCUGCACAUUUAUUAGGUGAAGAUGAAGUAGAAGUAGAAGACAGGCAUCUCAGAGAUUUGCUUUUUGGAAAUUACAUGUAUCCAGACCAAGAUCCGAAAAUUUAUGACGAAGUCCAAGACUUGGAUGAUAUGUACGAUAAAAUGGUGUAUUAUCUUGGGGAGUAUAAUGCAUUGUCCAGCGCUCCUAUGAAUUUAGUACUAUUCAGAUUUGCAAUGGAACACGUAUCUAGAGUUUCUAGAGUUUUACAAGUGCCCCAAGGACAUGCCCUCAUGGUGGGAAUUGGUGGCAGUGGCAGAAAAAGUGCGGUUAAAUUGGCUGCUAGCAUUGCCGAAUGCACUCUGUUUCAGAUUGAAAUCUCACGUAACUAUGGUAUACCUGAGUGGAGAGAUGACAUGAAAAAGUUGAUUAUGAAAGCAGGAAAUGAAGGAAAACCUAUUGUAUUUUUAUUCAAUGAUAUGCAGAUAAAAAAUGAAAUGUUUAUAGAAGAUAUAAACGCAUUACUAAAUACAGCAGAUCUACCUAAUUUAUUCCAAUCUGAAGAAAAAGCUGAAAUUUUGGAGAAAAUGCAAGUAGCAGCUAGAGCGGCGGGUCGACAAAUUGAAACAACGCCCUUGGCAUUAUAUGCAUUUUUCAUUGAAAGGGUUAGAAAUGCUCUUCAUGUAUUAUUAGCGCUGUCUCCAAUAGGAAAUGCUUUUCGAAUCCGCAUAAGAAUGUUUCCUUCAUUGGUCAAUUGUUGUACCAUAGAUUGGUUUAAAGAUUGGCCAAAAGAUGCUUUGGAAAGAGUUGCUUUAAACUUUAUUGCGCCGAUGGAUCUUGGGGAACACGUAACAGAUGCUUGUGUGAAUAUGUGUCAAUUGUUUCAUUUGAGUAUGGCCGAGGCUAGUACGCAAAUGUUUGAAGAACUACAUAGAAAAACUUAUAUAACCCCAACUUCUUACUUAGAAUUAAUCAAAGCAUUUCAAGGUCUUUAUGGAGCUAAAGUUGCAGAAAUAGUUGAAGGAAGAGAUAGGUAUAUUAAUGGGUUGGCUAAGUUAGACUUUGCAGCAGGUCAGGUUGGUUUAAUGCAAGACGAAUUGCAUGCUCUGCAACCGCAGCUAGUAGAAACUUCUGACAAAACAGAGAAAUUGAUGGUUAAAAUCGAACAGGACACUGUCAUUGUUGAAAAACAAAAAGAGAUUGUUGGCGCAGACGAAGCUCUUGCAAACGAAGCAGCAGCUGCUGCUCAAGCUAUAAAGGACGAUUGCGAAUCUGAUCUUCAAGAAGCAAUACCAGCUCUUAACGCAGCUUUGGAAGCACUUGAUACUCUUAAACCUGCUGAUAUAACAGUGGUUAAAUCCAUGAAAAAUCCUCCAGCAGGUGUUAAACUUGUUAUGGAAGCCAUUUGUGUAAUGAAGGGAGUCAAACCUGAGAAAAAGCCAGAACCAGGUACUGGUAAAAUGAUUGAGGAUUAUUGGGGACCAUCACUAAAAAUUUUGAGUGAUAUGAAAUUUUUAGAAAGUUUGAAAACUUUUAAUAAAGACAAUAUACCCGAAGCGACAAUGAAGCGCAUCAGACAAAAAUUCAUUCCCGAUCGAGAUUUUGAACCUGAUGUGAUAAAGAAUAUUUCUACCGCUUGUGAAGGAUUGUGCAAAUGGGUGCGAGCUAUGGAUGUCUAUGAUCGUGUUAUUAAAAUUGUAGCACCAAAAAAGGCCGCACUGGCUGAGGCAGAAGCUUUGCUGGCUGCGCAAAUGGAAGUGUUAACUCAAAAAAGGGCACAAUUACAAACUGUAAUGGAUAAAUUGCAAGCUUUGAAUGACGAAUUUGCAGAGUUUUCCAAGAAGAAAAAAGAAUUAGAAGAUCAAAUUGACAUAUGCGAAAAGAAAUUGGACAGAGCUGAAAAGUUAAUUGGUGGCUUAGGGGGCGAAAAAGCGAGAUGGAGUAAUACAGCAGACACACUAAAUAGCUCUCUUGGAAAUAUAGUUGGAGAUGUUUUACUAGCUGCAGGUGCUGUGGCCUACUUUGGACCUUUCCCUGUUAAUACAAGAUCGAGAUUGGUUAGGAUGUGGAAUGAUAAAUGUUUAAAUCUUCGGAUUCCCUGCUCUGAAAUCUUUACAUUAUGGAAUACCUUAGGCGAAGCAGCUGCUGCUAGAGCCUGGGGAUUAGCAGGUCUACCUGUUGAUGCAUUUUCUAUAGACAACGGAAUAAUUGUUACUCACGCUAAAAGAUGGCCUUUGAUGAUUGAUCCACAAGGUCAAGCAAAUAAAUGGGUUAAGAAUAUGGAGAAGGAUAACUUUCUGCGUGUCAUUAAAUUAACAGACUCAAAUUAUAUGAGAGUAGUAGAAAACUCGAUUAUACUGGGUCAACCUGUUCUACUUGAAAAUAUAGGGGAGGAAAUAGACGCUGCCUUGAGUCCAGUUUUAGAACGAGCAGUAUUUGUUCUGCGCGGCCAAACAAUGUUAAAGCUGGGUGAUCAAGUUAUUGAAUAUAACAGCGCAUUCAAAUUUUAUAUCACAACAAAUUUAAGAAAUCCUCAUUAUUUACCCGAAACACAAGUCAUGGUCACUCUACUGAAUUUUAUGAUAACUCAACAAGGCCUACAAGAUCAAUUACUAGGCACAGUCGUCGCUAGAGAAAGGCCAGAUUUGCAAGCAAAGAAAACUCAGCUAGUUAUCGAAUCAGUUCAAAAUAAAGAUAUGCUACAAAAUAUUGAGGAACAGAUUUUAAAGGUGUUGUCUACGUCUCAAGGCAAUAUUUUAGAAGAUGAAACAGCAAUUAAAAUUUUAUCAUCUAGUAAAAUAUUAUCUGAAGAAAUUCAAGCAAAACAAGAGAUCGCAGCAGUUACUGAAAAAGAAAUAGAUUAUGCUCGAAAUCAAUACACAUCCGUAUCAACCCAUUCUGCAAAUCUAUUUUUUUGCCUGACAGAGUUGGCAAACAUUGAUCCAAUGUACCAAUAUUCUUUAACAUGGUUCUUACAUUUAUUCAAUCAAGCUAUCACAAACUCGGAAGAAAGUUCAGUUUUAGAAUUACGUUUGAGUUACCUGAAUAACUACUUUACUAUGAGUAUAUACCGAAAUGUCUGCAGAAGUUUAUUCGAAAAAGAUAAACUAACGUUUUCUUUUGUGCUGUGCGUUGGCAUUAUGCGAUCUAAGAAUUUAGUGGAAGAAGAUUUAUGGGCAUUUCUACUCACAGGCGGAGUUGCCUUGGAUAAUCCAUAUCCAAAUCCUGCUCCAGAGUGGUUAACUGAAAGAGCCUGGUCAGAAAUUGUCCGCUCCACACCUUUAACUCAUUUAGGCGCAUAUCGAAAUAGCGUUGCUACAAAUGUGAAAGCUUGGUACCAAUAUUACAAUUUAUCAAAUCCUCAUGAGGUACAAUUUCCUGCACCUAUGCACGAUCUUCCAGGAUUGGCUAGGCUGGUGGCUCUAAGAUGUAUCAGGCCUGAUAAAAUUGUACCAGCAGUACAGAAUUUUAUAGUGGAGUAUAUGGGAAGAUCAUUCGUCGAACCUCCGGUAUUUGAUUUAGUUUCUUCAUACCACGACAGUAGUCCGAGUACUCCUUUAUUGUUUGUGUUGAGUCCAGGAUCAGACCCAAUGGCCGGGCUGAUGAAAUUUGCUUUAGACAUGGGAAUCGAAGGGGAAGCUUUGCAGACAAUUUCAUUAGGACAAGGGCAAGGGCCAAUAGCAUAUUCCAUGAUAACAAAGGGUUUAUCUGAAGGCCAUUGGGUAGUUUUGCAAAAUUGCCAUUUAGCAGAAAGUUGGAUGAGAGAUUUGGAACGAAUUUGCGCUGAUGUUGUCGUACCAGAGGCAGCCCAUCCGAGAUUUAGGCUGUGGUUAACAUCUUACCCAAGCAAAGCAUUUCCAGUUUCCAUAUUACAGAAUGGCGUUAAAAUGACAAAUGAAGCGCCAAAAGGAUUGAGACUAAAUAUGUUAAGGUCUUACACAACUGAUCCUCUAUCUAACGAAACGUUUUUCAACAACUGUCCAUUGAUAAGUCCUUGGCAAAGAUUAUUAUUCGGUUUGGUGUUUUUCCAUGCUAUGAUUCAAGAACGAAGGCAAUAUGGUCCACUAGGAUGGAAUAUUCCUUACGAAUUUAACGAGAGCGAUUUGAGGAUAUGCGUUAUGCAAUUACAGAUGUUUUUAACAGAUUAUGGAGAUGUUCCUUUCGAUGCUCUUCUUUAUUUAACAGGAGAGUGUAAUUACGGUGGCAGAGUUACAGAUGAUAAAGACAGAAGACUUUUAAACUCCUUGCUAGACAUUGUCUAUUGUCCAGAUACAGUAAAUAAUCCCAAGUAUACAUUUUCUCCGAGUGGGAUAUAUAAAGUUCCAGAUGAUACGACAAGACAAGGAUGCAUUGAAUAUAUAAAAUCUUUGCCUUUAACACCUCAUCCUGAAGUAUUCGGUUUACAUGAAAAUGCUGAUAUUACCAAAAACAACCAGGAAACUGCCGGGCUUCUCAAAGGAGUUCUUCUUACUCAAACGCAAUUAACGGCGGGAGGAGGUGCUGGCGAAGGCCUAUCAGUUGCAGAUUUAGCGAAGGAUAUUCUAAAUCGAUUACCACCUGACUAUGAUGUUGAAGCAGUUUCUGAAAAAUAUCCUGUUAUGUACUCAAACUCAAUGAAUACAGUUCUACGUCAGGAGUUGAUAAGAUUUAAUCGAUUGAUAGUUGUGAUUCGACAAACAUUAAUUGAUGUUGGGAAAGCUGUUAAAGGACUUUUAGCUAUGGUUGGUGAAUUAGAGGAAGUUCAUGGAUCUUUGUUAACAGGACGAGUGCCAAAAACGUGGGCUUCUAAAUCUUAUCCCUCACUUAAACCUCUAGGUGGCUAUAUUAAUGAUUUACUGAUAAGGCUAAAGUUUCUUCAGAACUGGAUAGAUGAAGGACCUCCUAACGUCUUUUGGUUAUCAGGAUUUUUCUUCACUCAAUCAUUUUUAACGGGCGUUUUGCAAAACUAUUCGCGUGGUAAUAAGUUGCCAAUUGAUCUGGUUGGACUUGAUUUUGACGUAACAGAAUAUGAAACUGAAUGUAAGGAAGAACCGGCAGUUGGUGUUCUAAUUAAUGGUUUGUUUAUGGAGGGAGCAAGAUGGGACAGAAAACGAAAAAUGCUUGGAGAAUCUUUGCCAAAAAUAUUGUUUGAUGUUAUUCCUAUAAUGUGGUGCAAGCCUGGAGUUAAAGGGAAAAAAACUUCUAAUGUCUACAAUUGUCCUGUUUAUAAAACAAGUGAAAGAAGAGGUAUUCUUUCUACAACUGGUCACUCAACUAAUUUUGUAAUGUUUACUGAUUUUCUUUCUGAUCAGCCCCAAUCACAUUGGAUAAAUAGGGGUGUUGCUUGUCUUUGCCAAUUGGACGACUGAAUUAAAAAUGUACAUAUAUUAUAUUAAAAUAUGUUUAUUUAAGAUAUAAUAAAUC